AAUAUUUUUCAUUCAAGGCAACAAAAUACAAAAAUAUGGAACAAGAAUGUGUCAUCGAAGAAACUAAAGGAAACAUCAAAAUUAUUACAUUAAACAGACCUCGGAAGAAAAACGCCAUCAAUAAUGAAAUAUACAUUCGAGUAACUAAAAUACUAAAUGAUGCAGCGACUGAUGAUGAAAUUUUAAUAGUUGUAUUGACAGGAACUGGUGAUUUUUAUAGCAGUGGUAAUGACUUUAAUGCAAGCAAUGAUGUCCCUGUUACCGAUUUAUCGAGAAACCUUCGAGAAUUCAUAAAUGCUUUUAUAAGAUUUCCAAAGAUAUUGAUUGCUAUUGUAAAUGGUCCUGCAAUAGGAAUAGCUGCGACGACUCUUCCAUUAUGCGAUUUUGUUUUUGCUUCUGAAAAUGCAUAUUUUUAUACUCCAUUUACGAAGUUACGUAUUAUAGCUGAGGGUUGCUCUACAGUAACAUUUCCGAAGUUGAUGGGCGUGAGGCGGGCGAUGGAAAUGCUAAUUAUGAAUUAUAAAAUGUCUGCUCAAGAAGCUUUGAAUUGUGGAUUAAUCAAUUAUCUUCAUAAGAACGAUGAAUUACACGUGAAGGCUUGGGAUAAAAUUACUGAAAUUUCAAAUCUAUCACCAGAUUCAGUACUUACUACUAAAAGAUUAAUUAGAAAAUUCGACAUGGAUAAGCUACUAGAAACUAACAUUCUUGAGUUACAAGAACUUCAAAGAAUUGUAAAGUAUUCAAAUCUUAAUAGUAAACUGUGAGUUUUGUCAAUUCACCUGUUGUGCGGUAUUUGUUGAGCUAUUUAUGUAUGUUUUGUUC